AUGAACACGAUAACAAAGAAAGAAGUUGACAGUAACGCUGAUGACAAAGAAGUUGACAUUGACGCUGAUGACAAAGAAGUUGACAUUGACGCUGAUGACAAAGAAGUUGACAUUGACGCUGAUGACAAAGAAGUUGACAGUGACAUUGACGCUGAUGACAAAGAAGUUGACAUUGACGCUGAUGGCAAAGAAGUUGACAAUGACGAUGAUGACAAAGAAGUUGACAUUGACGCUGAUGACAAAGAAGUUGACAGUAACGCUGACGACAAAGAAGUUGACACUGACGCUGAUGACAAAGAAGUUGUCAGUGACGCUGAUGACAAUGAAGUUGACAAUAACGCUGAUGAGAAAGAAGUUGACAUUGACGGUGAUGACAAAGAAGUUGACAUUGACACUGACGCUGAUGACAAAGAAGUUGACAUUGACGCUGAUGACAAAGAAGUUGACAGUGACAUUGACGCUGAUGACAAAGAAUUUGACAUUGACGCUGAUGACAAAGAAGUUGACAAUGACGAUGACGACAAAGAAGUUGACACUGACGCUGAUGACAAAGAAGUUGUCAGUGACGCUGAUGACAAUGAAGUUGACAAUAACGCUGAUGAGAAAGAAGUUGACAUUGACGGUGAUGACAAAGAAGUUGACAUUGACACUGACGCUGAUGACAAAGAAGUUGUUGACAUUGACGCUGAUGACAAAGAAGUUGACAUUGACGCUGAUGACAAAGAAGUUGACAGUGACAUUGACGCUGAUGACAAAGAAGUUGACAGUAACGCUGAUGAAAAAGAAGGUGACAUUGACGCUGAUGACAAAGAAGUUGACAGUAACGCUGAUGAGAAAGAAGUUGACAUUGACGCUGAUAACAAAAAAGUUGACAGUGUAGCUGAUAACAAAAAAGUUGAAAUUGACGCUGAAGACAAAGAAGUUGACAUUGACGCUGAUGACAAAGAAGUUGACAUUGACGCUGAUGACAAAGAAGUUGACAUUGACGCUGAUGACAAAGAAGUUGACAUUGACGCUGAUGACAAAGAAGUUGACAGUAACGCUGAUGACAAAGAAGUUGACAUUGACGCUGAUGACAAAGAAGUUAACAGUGACGCUGAUGACAAAGAAGUUGACAUUGACAACGCUGAUGACAAAGAAGUUGACAGUAACGCUGAUGACAAAGAAGUUGACAUUGACGCUGAUGACAAAGAAGUUGUUGACGCUGAUGACAAAGAAGUUGACAGUAACGCUGAUGACAAAGAAGUUGACAGUAACGCUGAUGAAAAAGAAGGUGACAUUGACGCUGAUGACAAAGAAGUUGAUAAUGACGCUGAUGACAAAGAAGUUGACAUUGACGCUGGUGACAAAGAAAGAACAUUGACGCUGAUGACAAAGAAGUUGACAGUAACGCUGAUGAGAAAGAAGUUGACAUUGACGCUGAUAAAAAUUAAGUUGUCAAAAAAGUUGAAAUUGACGCUGAAGACAAAGAAGUUGACAUUGACGCUGAUGACAAAGAAGUUGACAUUGACGCUGAUGACAAAGAAGUUGACAUUGACGCUGAUGACAAAGAAGUUGACAGUAACGCUGAUGACAAAGAAGUUGACAUUGACGCUGAUGACAAAGAAGUUAACAGUAACGCUGAUGACAAAGAAGUUGACAUUGACGCUGAUGACAAAGAAGUUGACAUUGACGCUGAUGACAAAGAAGUUGACAAUGACGCUGACUACAAAGAAAGAAGUUGACAGUAACGCUGAUGACAAAGAAGUUAACAGUAACGCUGAUGACAAAGAAGUUGACAAUGACGCUGAUGACAAAGAAAGUUGUUGCCAGUGA